GGAUUAUUGCUCGGAGCGGAGAAGGGUUUGGCUGUCUACCGAUUCAUUCACCAUAAGACCGCUGUGAAGCGAUCCGAUUGACGGGCAACACAAAAUAUUCUUCUACUAUAUCUUUUACCGAGGAUUUGGACGGUUUAUAUACUACUACGCUUGCGAUCCGACAUUGGCGACUGUCGCAUAAACUAGUCCGGCCAACGUUCAUCCCUCCUUCGACCGCCAUUUGAGCCAGGCGAUAUCAACCACCCCUCCAGAAGCAUGGGCGACAACAUCCCAAACUUAGAUACGGUUGACACCCGCAGCGCAACAAGAAGUGCUUCACGUGCGAAACCAUCUGGAACUGCCGCCAAUGCAUUGAACCUCGCAUCCCCACCCGGCUCAAGGACGCCGCCCAGCAUGCCAUCCAAAAAGACAAUUUUCUACCCAGAAUCACUAGGGAGGCAACAGCAAAGCCGAAAUGGCUCUGAACCUAUUGAUCCCGAUGCGCUUGCCAAGGCUUUGAAGGAUUAUGAGGACGCCGGGCGCCCCCGCGAGAGAACACCUGGAACCAGUCCUAGUCGGAAAAGGCAGCGGGUAUACGGUGACAGAUUCAUACCGAAUCGAGAGGGACAGGACCUCCAAGCAACUUACAGUUUGCUCCAUGAGGAUGGUUGUCCUUCUACGCCUUCGAAAUCGAAGAAGCGUGCGCCGCAUUCGGAGCUUCAUUUUCAAAAAAAAGCCAACAGAAUGUACUCCCGUGUCUUGCGAAGCGAGCUGUUCGGGAAUACUAUUCCGCAGGCUGACCUAGACUCAUUAUCACCGGAUCCGUUGCUAGGUCUCGGGAAUGGAAUCAUUGAGAAGACUCGCGCCCAUACCCCACCAUCACAUGUGGUACCAACUCUCCCCCCGGCAAGCAUAACGCCAUCGACACCCCACAAGAACCUUUUCAAUUACGCCUCUCCACGCGGAUCUGCCCAUCCUACCCCUUCAAAAACCCCUCGAAGUCAACAUGGCCCAAACCUCAAUGUUCGAUCGGAACUCUACAGUUUAUCGCCAAUCCGGUAUGAUAGUCAGCGCAUUCUCGAAACCCCUCGCAAGCAACCACGUUAUGUCAACAAAGUACCAUAUAAAGUACUAGACGCACCUGACUUACAAGAUGAUUUCUAUUUAAAUUUGGUGGACUGGGGAAGUAGUAAUGUAUUAGGCGUUGGCCUUGGAAACUCGGUUUAUAUGUGGAAUUCGCAAAGCGGCAUGGUAACCAAGUUGUGUGAGCUAAGAGAUGAUACUGUCACAAGCGUCAACUGGAUUCAAAGGGGUACACAUCUUGCUAUCGGUACCGGGAAAGGCUUGGUGCAAAUCUGGGACGCGGAGCGCUGUCGGCGUCUACGAACCAUGAUUGGACAUACCAAUCGUGUAGGCGCUCUAGCUUGGAAUGAUCAUAUUCUUACAUCCGGCUCGCGAGAUCGUCUCAUCUACCAUCGAGACGUUCGCUCUCCAGAUCAGUACCUUCGGCGACUUUCUGGACAUAAGCAGGAGGUUUGUGGUCUUCGAUGGAAUACAGAAGAUGGUCAGUUAGCGUCGGGUGGGAAUGAUAACAAGCUUUUGGUGUGGGAUAAGCUGAAUGAGACACCUCUCUAUCGGUUUUCAGACCACACUGCGGCUGUCAAAGCAAUUACUUGGUCGCCCCAUCAGCACCAUCUACUCGCUUCAGGUGGAGGAACGGCCGAUCGGACUAUCAAAUUCUGGAAUACCUCAACUGGAUCACUAAUCAAGGAAGUUGACACAGGGAGCCAAGUCUGCAACUUGGCCUGGUCGAAGAAUUCGGACGAAAUUAUCAGCACGCACGGUUACAGUCAGAACCAGAUUGUAGUCUGGAAAUAUCCGCGCAUGGAACAGAUUGUAUCAUUGACUGGGCAUACUUUCCGUGUCCUGUAUUUGGCAAUGAGCCCUGAUGGCCAAACUGUCGUCACUGGUGCUGGCGACGAGACUUUGAGAUUCUGGAAGAUAUUUAACAAGAGGUCCGGGAGAGAGCAGGGCCGUGAAGGCAGCAAGUUAGCGGAAUGGGGCACCAUCCGGUAACGUUAUGAUGGAUUUAUUUGAUGACCUUGGUGCUACGGCAUCCUUCACUUCCCCUUAGAGGGUUUUCGAUAUGCAUUAGACUCGGCGUUCAAGGGAUUUGGCGUUGUUUCGAUCCUGGGUAUAUCCUUGGUCGGUCCGGGGGAGGGUCCUCAAGGUUUAAUUGGCAUCUCUCGCAUUUUGUGUGUUUACGGCAUUUAACAGGCGCUUGUUUACUCGCUUG